CCCUGUGAAGUGGGAGGACAGCAUUCGCCGGGCGCCGGGCGGCCACGAGCCCAUUGCUCAGAAGCCGGCACUAAGGACGCCACGCUACAGAGGAGGAGCCAGGGGCAAGGCGCUGACCCCAGGCUGUAGCGUAUGCGAGAGGCCGUGCAGGGAGAGGGCAGGGCCGGCCCACACCGCGCCCACCUGUCUCCAGGUCCACCAUUCCCCCGGCUGCUGGAGGAAGGAGAGUCGGGAGCCGCCACCCCUGACCAUGUAGAUGCCAGCUCUGGGGAGCAGCAUGGGCCCCACUGAAUGGAGACUCCUGGGUCUGCAGCCCUGAACCCCUCCGGCCCCCGGACCUCACCCCGCGCCCAGGAACAGCCCUCGGAGCUCCCGCCGCUGUCUCCAGCCCGCCUCGGUACCCCCGCCCCCCAGGCCCCGGAGUCGCCCGCCCGGAGCCUCUGCCGGCCAGUGAGGUUGUGUGGAGGACAGUCACGCACCGCCAUCGCCCGCACCUUCUUGUCCAGUGCUGACCCUCGGGCCCGCCCGAGAAGGGACUUUGGCAAACAUGGGUGACAUGACCAACAGCGACUUUUACUCCAAAAACCAAAGAAACGAGUCGAGCCAUGGGGGCGAGUUCGGGUGCACGAUGGAGGAACUCCGCUCCCUCAUGGAGCUGCGCGGCGCCGAAGCCGUGGUCAAGAUCAAAGAGACGUACGGGGACACGGAAGCCGUCUGCCGCCGCCUCAAAACCUCCCCUGUUGAAGGUUUGCCGGGCACCGCUCCGGACCUGGAAAAGAGGAAGCAGAUUUUUGGGCAAAACUUUAUACCUCCAAAGAAGCCAAAAACCUUCCUGCAGCUCGUGUGGGAGGCCCUGCAGGACGUCACGCUCAUCAUCCUGGAGAUCGCAGCCAUCAUCUCCCUGGGGCUGUCCUUCUACCACCCGCCUGGCGAGAGCAACGAAGGAUGUGCCACGGCACAGGGAGGCGCGGAGGACGAAGGUGAGGCCGAGGCAGGCUGGAUCGAGGGGGCUGCCAUCCUCCUCUCCGUCAUCUGUGUGGUGCUGGUCACGGCCUUCAACGACUGGAGCAAGGAGAAGCAGUUCCGGGGCCUGCAGAGCCGCAUCGAGCAGGAGCAGAAGUUCACGGUGGUCCGGGGCGGCCAAGUGGUCCAGAUCCCCGUGGCCGAGAUCGUGGUUGGGGACAUCGCACAGAUCAAGUACGGCGACCUGCUCCCCGCUGACGGCCUCUUCAUCCAGGGCAAUGACCUCAAGAUCGACGAGAGCUCGCUGACCGGGGAGUCUGACCAGGUGCGCAAGUCCGUGGACAAGGACCCGAUGCUGCUGUCAGGGACCCACGUGAUGGAGGGCUCGGGACGGAUGGUGGUAACUGCUGUGGGCGUGAACUCUCAGACCGGCAUCAUCUUUACGCUGCUGGGGGCUGGUGGUGAGGAAGAAGAAAAGAAAGACAAAAAAGGUGUGAAGAAGGGGGAUGGCCUUCAGCUACCAGCGGCCGACGGGGCGGCAGCGGCCAAUGCUGCCGGUGGCGCAGACGCCGGCCUGGUCAAUGGUAAAAUGCAGGAUGGCAAUGUGGACACCAGCCAGAGCAAAGCCAAGCAGCAGGACGGCGCGGCCGCCAUGGAGAUGCAGCCCCUGAAGAGUGCGGAGGGCGGCGACGCCGACGACAAGAAGAAGGCCAACAUGCACAAGAAGGAGAAGUCCGUGCUGCAGGGCAAGCUCACCAAGCUGGCCGUGCAGAUCGGCAAGGCGGGCCUGGUGAUGUCGGCCAUCACGGUGAUCAUCCUGGUGCUGUAUUUCACCGUGGACACCUUUGUGGUCAACAAGAAGCCGUGGCUGCCCGAGUGCACGCCGGUCUACGUGCAGUACUUCGUCAAGUUCUUCAUCAUCGGCGUCACGGUGCUGGUGGUGGCCGUGCCCGAGGGGCUCCCCCUGGCGGUCACAAUCUCGCUGGCCUACUCGGUGAAGAAAAUGAUGAAGGACAAUAACCUGGUGCGCCACCUGGACGCCUGCGAGACCAUGGGCAACGCCACAGCCAUCUGCUCGGACAAGACGGGCACACUGACCACCAACCGCAUGACGGUGGUGCAGGCCUACGUCGGCGACGUCCACUACAAGGAGGUCCCUGACCCCAGCUCCAUCAACGCCAAGACCAUGGAGCUGCUGGUCAACGCCAUCGCCAUCAACAGCGCCUACACCACCAAGAUCCUGCCCCCGGAGAAGGAGGGCGCCCUGCCCAGGCAGGUGGGCAACAAGACGGAGUGCGGCCUGCUGGGCUUCGUGCUGGACCUGCGGCAGGACUACGAGCCCGUGCGCGGCCAGAUGCCCGAGGAGAAGCUCUACAAGGUGUACACCUUCAACUCAGUGCGCAAGUCCAUGAGCACGGUCAUCAAGCUGCCCGACGGCAGCUUCCGCAUGUACAGCAAGGGCGCCUCCGAGAUCGUGCUAAAGAAGUGCUGUAGAAUCCUGAACGGGGCGGGCGAGCCCCGGGUCUUCCGGCCCCGAGACCGGGACGAGAUGGUGAAGAAGGUGAUCGAGCCCAUGGCCUGCGACGGGCUGCGCACCAUCUGCGUGGCCUACAGGGACUUCCCCAGCAGCCCCGAGCCCGACUGGGACAACGAGAAUGACAUCCUCAGCGAGCUCACCUGUAUCUGCGUGGUGGGCAUCGAGGACCCCGUGCGGCCCGAGGUCCCAGAAGCCAUCCGCAAGUGCCAGCGAGCGGGCAUCACGGUGCGCAUGGUCACUGGCGACAACAUCAACACGGCCCGGGCCAUCGCCAUCAAGUGCGGCAUCAUCCACCCCGGGGAGGACUUCCUGUGCCUGGAGGGCAAGGAGUUCAACCGGAGGAUCCGGAACGAGAAGGGGGAGAUCGAGCAGGAGAGGAUUGACAAGAUCUGGCCGAAGUUGCGGGUGCUGGCUCGCUCCUCGCCCACGGACAAACACACCCUGGUGAAAGGCAUCAUCGACAGCACGCACACGGAGCAGCGGCAGGUGGUGGCCGUGACAGGUGACGGGACCAACGACGGGCCGGCGCUCAAGAAGGCUGACGUGGGCUUCGCCAUGGGCAUCGCAGGCACAGACGUGGCCAAGGAGGCCUCGGACAUCAUCCUGACGGACGACAACUUCAGCAGCAUCGUCAAGGCCGUGAUGUGGGGGCGGAAUGUCUACGACAGCAUCUCUAAGUUCCUGCAGUUCCAGCUCACGGUCAACGUGGUGGCUGUGAUCGUGGCCUUCACGGGCGCCUGCAUCACCCAGGACUCGCCCCUGAAGGCAGUGCAGAUGCUGUGGGUGAACCUCAUCAUGGACACGUUCGCCUCCCUGGCGCUGGCCACAGAGCCGCCCACCGAGACCCUGCUGCUGCGGAAGCCGUACGGCCGCAACAAGCCCCUCAUCUCGCGCACCAUGAUGAAGAACAUCCUGGGCCACGCCGCCUACCAGCUCACCCUCAUCUUCACCCUGCUCUUCGUGGGCGAGAAGCUGUUCCAGAUCGACAGCGGGAGGAACGCGCCGCUGCACUCGCCGCCCUCGGAGCACUACACCAUCAUCUUCAACACCUUCGUCAUGAUGCAGCUCUUCAACGAGAUCAACGCGCGCAAGAUCCACGGCGAGCGCAACGUCUUCGACGGCAUCUUCCGGAACCCCAUCUUCUGCACCAUCGUGCUGGGCACCUUCGCCAUCCAGAUCGUGAUCGUGCAGUUCGGCGGGAAACCCUUCAGCUGCUCCCCGCUGCAGCUGGACCAGUGGAUGUGGUGCGUCUUCAUCGGGUUGGGGGAGCUCGUCUGGGGCCAGGUCAUCGCCACCAUCCCGACCAGCAGGCUCAAGUUCCUGAAAGAGGCGGGCCGGCUCACGCAGAAGGAGGAGAUCGCCGAGGAGGAGCUCAACGAGGACGUGGAGAUCGACCACGCGGAGCGCGAGCUGCGGCGCGGCCAGAUCCUCUGGUUCCGAGGCCUCAACCGGAUCCAGACUCAGAUCCGCGUCGUGAAGGCGUUCCGUAGCUCUCUCUAUGAAGGUUUGGAAAAGCCUGAGUCUCGGACCUCCAUCCAUAACUUCAUGGCUCAUCCCGAGUUCCGGAUCGAAGACGCCCAGCCCCACAUCCCCCUCAUCGACGACACCGACCUGGAAGAAGACGCCGCGCCCAAGCAGAACUCCAGCCCGCCGUGCUCGCUCAACAAGAACAACAGCGCCAUCGACAGCGGGAUCAACCUGACGACCGACACGAGCAAAUCAGCUACCUCUUCAAGUCCAGGGAGCCCCAUCCACAGCCUGGAGACGUCGCUUUAGCUGAGGCCCCCUCCCGCGCGAGCAGGAAACCAAACCUGGGAGAGAAGACUCGCGUUCCCGCCACAGCCCUCCCCCGGCCAUUGCGAUGCUGUCCGAACUCGGUUCCACUCUGAGGGUCUGCACGGGGGCCUCGCAUGAAUGUACCAGACACUCGGGAUCCUCCCCUGGCUUGGUGGGGGUGGGGGGCCGGGGCCAGGGGUUCUUUUCCGUUUGUUUUCUUAGGUGGGAACUGCGAACAGACGUUUUGGUUUUUUGUUUUUUGUUGUUUUUUUUUUUUUCCUUCUGAGACUCUUGACCCAGCCCGCCGGCCUGUGAGAUUUUUGAAAUGCUUGCGCCGCAUGGUCUCAGUUGUAGAGAUUAAUUUAAUAACUUUUUCAGAUCACAGAGCUUAGCUCGCCUGGUAGAUUCUGCACCAAUGGAACCGAAGAACUUCAUAGACACUCACGGGAUCGUAUCCAUUCCUUUGUAUCUAUAUCAACGUAUACACUGCCCAGAGACCGUAUACGUCCAUAUAGAUGGGUAGAUAUAUAUAUAUAUAUAUGAUAUAUAUACAUGGAUAUAUAAAGUUUUUUUUGCCGGCAUGUUGCCUUGUUUCAGCUUAAAUUGCUCUAUAUUUUAACUUAUUUAUGUCCUAAAAGGAGAAUGUAAUUUGUUUACAAGCCUGUAGAUCGCGUCUCUGGCUGUUUGUACAGUUUGAGAACGCCGGGGGCGCAGAGCCUGUCGGAGCGGCCCGGCCCCGAAGACACUUGCCCCGGCUUGCAUCCUUCGUGUGCGAACGAAAGCCAUGCUCUGGGUUUUUUUGGUUUUUUGAUUUUUUUUUUUUUUUUUUUGUGCCUGCCAUUUCCGUUCAAUGAUGUCACGACUGCGGGAGGUGCAGGCAGAAGCCACGUGCUGCCGCCGAGAGGCCGCCCUGGAGAGGAGGAGAGAAGCCGGCCUUGAGUUUGCAUAGCUGGCUGUCCGGUUCGUCCCGGCGCCCGGUACCGGCAGAGAUGUUUCUCUCGGUUCACGGGGUGAAGGCGCCCUCGGGCGCCGUCCGCGCAGAGACCCAGGGAGCGCAGAGCCAGCGAGCAGUCGGGGUGGCUUCCUUUGGUCACGUGGAGGUCGCGUUCCUGACACGGCAGCGUGUGAGCCGUGGGCACAGCGGCCGAGGACGGGGAUGGCUCGUGGCUUUUUUUCCUCUGCACUGUUUAGAUCCGAAUGAACCUGCUGACAUGUGCACCGAGAUGCAUUCAGUGUGAUUUCUAAACCGAACUGUCUUCCUGUAGUCCACGAUACAUCCUGUCGCCUUGCAGCGGCCGGCCUCGCUUUCCCAGAAAGCCUUGGCGCAGCCCUGCCGGCCCGCAGGUGGGGGAGUGGCUCCCUCCCCGCAGACCACGCGCUCGCCGCCCCGCGUGUCCGCCUCUUACCUGCUCCGCACUUUGUGGGUCUCAGCUUUUUUCAUAAGAGAACUUUUGUAAGGAAUACAAAGUUUGCUUCGGGACUUUUCGGCAUUUACGGUCUUUUUUCCAUAAACUUGUACAGUGCAAAAAGACAUUUUGAAUACCGCCAUGCUUCCAGGGCAACUGGCCCCUUGCCCACCGCCGCCCCGCGCCCGCCCGGACCCGCCCCCUCUGCAGGCCCAGAGAACUCUUCCACCCACAAGCUGAGAGCCACUCGGGAACAGAGCCAUAGUCCGCUGAGGGCCUGCGUGUGGACGGCCGCGGGAAGCCGAGGGUUCGGGUCCCGAGCCCGGUGCGGCACGAGGCCCUCCUGGGCAUGGGGCGCGGUGUCCGGAUGUCCGUGGGGCUCCCUGGAUCCCGGCACCAACACCACCAAAGCCAGCCCGCCGUGCCCCUCGGAGGCCAGCGAGACCCCCGCGCGCCUGCGACCCGAGGUAGCCUCGGAACCGCUCUGAUUUCUUCGGCGUUUCCUUCUUCACGGCGGCGCAUCUCCCCCUUCCUGGUCUGCUCACGUGUCCGUGACAGCAGGACAUCGUGCGCGCCCCACGCUCCCUGCUCACCGGAGCCAGGGCGCAAGGCAAGCAGGAGAGGUCCGAGCUCUGAGGAUGGGGGCGGCCGAAGCCACCGAGGGUGCCAGCAUGCGUGUUGGUCUCUCCCCACACACACCCCUGCACACACAGACACACACUCCCCUCACGCUCACCCCUGCACACACAUGUACACACACGUACCAUUCAUGCUCACCCUGCACACACACUCCCCUCACGCUCACCCCUGCACACACACGCACCCCUCACGCUCACACAUGCACACACUCCCCUCACACCCCUGCACAUGCUCACACACGCACACACACACUCCCCACGGUCACCCCUGCACACACAUACACACACUCCCCUCAUGCUCAAACCUGCACACACACGCACCCUUCACACUCACCCCUGCACACACAUACACACUCCCCUCAUGCACACCUGCACACACAUGCACCCCUCACACUCACCCCUGCACACACAUACACACACUCCCCUCAUGCACACACCUGCACACACGCACCCCUCACACCCCUACACACACUCCCUGCACACUCACCCCUGCGCACACACGCGCACACACACACUCCCCUCACGCUCACCCCUGCGCACACACACGCACACAUUGGAAACGGUUGGUGUGUCCUAACUCACCGUAGUCCAUACAGCUUGCACUCGGCACCCUUAUAUCUAGCAGCAUGGGGUACGUCUGGCAGUUUGCCCCAUUAGGGGGUAGAUAAUUUAUGACAUUCAUCUGUUUUUAUGAAUUUUUUUAUCUAGACAAUAAUUGUAAAUAAAGAA